AUGCCCCUGCUAAAGAAGUUGCGCCUGCUGCUACAGCUCCGGAACCCGCUGGCAGCACCUCUCCUGGGGUUCCCCAACCCCCCUCAGUUGCUUCGGGAUCGGUCCGCCUCUCCCCUCUUGGAGCCCUCGCUCUCCUCGCCUCAACAGACUCCCCCGUCUCCCCCUUCUUCCCCCCCUCCCCGUUCCCCCGUGUCUCCCGCGUUUUCUCGAAUGAUCUUCAGCUGGCCAGCGCCAUGUGCUACCACAUGCGUCUCACCGCUGUGCGCCCCUUUGGAGCCUUCUGGACCGCAUCCCACUACUGCCUCGUGCUGCCCUGCUUGGUCGAAGGAGGAAAGGAAGGAAGGGAGGGAGAAAGCGAAAGAGGAGGAGGAGAAAGAGGGACAGCAGCAGACUGGCGAGGGGCAGCUGAGGGAGGGGAGGAAGGGAGCGGGGCGAAUGCAGGCAGGGAAAGCGAAGGGGUGGAUGCAGGGGAUCGUGGGGGAGGGGAUGAUGGCAUGGGCAGGGGAGGGGAUGAUGAUGAUAUGA